AUGGCCCACACCAGUCAAAGUUUGCCAGUCUCCCAAAUCCUCAAAACAAAAACCAACGAUAUCGAGGACGAUGACGAACCCAAGAAAAAAUCCAGAGAAGAUUGGAGGAAAGCGAAAGAACUGGAAGAAGCUCGUAAAGCUGGUACCGCCCCCGCCGCAGUCGACGAAGAAGGCAAAGAUAUCAAUCCUCAUAUUCCCCAGUACAUUUCCAAUGCUCCUUGGUACUAUGGUACUAGUGGGCCUACGCUCAAGCAUCAAAGACCUCAAGAGGAGCACCAGAAGCAGUUUUCUGGACUAGACGAGUGGUACCAGAGAGGAUUGGACACAUCAAAAAUUGUCACCAAAUUCCGAAAAGGUGCCUGUGAAAAUUGUGGUGCAAUGACCCACAAAAAAAAAGAUUGUAUGGAUCGACCCAGAAAAAUUGGUGCCAAAUAUUCCAAAUCCAACAUUCUGCCAGAUGAAUAUGUUCAGAAAAACUUGGCGUUGAGUUUUGAUGGCAAGCGGGAUAGAUGGAGCGGAUACGAUCCAAGUGAACACAAAACUGUUAUAGAAGAGUUCCAAAAAGUUGAGGAAGCCAAACGCCAACUAAAAGCUGAGAAACUAGAUGCUGAGAACUCAGAUGAAGAGGAAAAGGAUGAGGACAAAUAUGUAGAUGAAGUUGAUAUGCCUGGCACCAAAGUGGACAGCAAACAAAGAAUUACUGUGAGGAAUUUGCGUAUAAGAGAAGACACUGCAAAAUAUUUGAGGAAUUUAGAUCCAAAUUCUGCCUAUUAUGAUCCUAAGACAAGAUCUAUGAGAGAAAAUCCCAAUCCUGGAGUGGAUGAGACACACCAAGGAGAAAACUUUAUUCGAUUCACUGGUGAUACUAAAAACCAUGCAAAAGCUCAACUUUUCGCUUGGGAAGCUUAUGAAAAAGGUGUUGACGUACAUUUACUUGCUGAGCCUACAAAACUAGAACUGCUCAAGAAGGAAUAUGAGAAAAAGAAAGAACAAUUUAAAGAUACUGUUUCUUCAAGUGUAUUGGACAAAUAUGGAGGGGAGGAGCAUUUAAAAGCCCCACCUAAAACACUUUUAUUGGCUCAAACUGAGGAUUAUGUUGAGUAUUCACGUUCAGGCAAAAUUAUCAAAGGCCAAGAAAAAGAGGAAAUCAAAUCAAAGUAUGAGGAAAAUGUUUACAUUAAUAAUCAUACAAGUGUAUGGGGGUCCUAUUGGAAAGGUGAUCAUUGGGGGUAUAAAUGCUGUCAUUCUUUUAUAAAAAGCUCCUAUUGCUUAUCAGAAGCUGGCAAAAGUAUAGAACAACCAAUGCCUGAAACUGUUCCGAAUGAGGUCUUGGAGAAAGUUGCAAGUGAAAAAUCUGAAAGUUCUUCUUCAAGUGAAGAAGAUGUUAGAACUGCUUCAGAAAAGUCUAGCAAGAAAAAGAAGACUAAAAAAAUUAAGAAGAAAGAUAAAGAUAAGUUGGCAGAAGCUCUAAAAGCAGAAGAGCAACAACAACAACAGGCAGAUCAUUUGUUGUCGAUAGAUGAAAGAAAACGCCCUUAUAAUAGUAUGUUUGAGGCUAAAAAACCCACAGAAGAAGAAAUUGAAGCUUAUUACCUAAAAAGGCGCAGGGAAGAUGACCCAAUGAACCAAUUCAUGUGA